AUGUUCAGAAGUAUUAUUCCAACCACGGUUGGCCUGAACAACUCCAAGUACGUCCAUGCGAAUAUCGAUGAGGAAUACGAUUUGUCUGGAUCAAAUGACAACGCGGUGAGGGAAAGGAACAAAAUAAUUGAUGAAGUUACAUCGUCAAAACGUAUUCUAAGUGCAUCCAACUCGUACAACAUACAAAUUGACCACCUGGAGAAUUGCAAAACGCCGGAAGAAAUAGCACUGAAAAUAUUGAAAUCACAAAAUUUUCAAAAUAAAAGAAAAUAUACACAUGAAAAUCAUGUGUUGUGUGAAAAAAAAAAACAAAACAAAAAUGCACACAUAAAUAAUGAACGAAUUAUUUAUUCCAAAAAUGCAUGUCCCUAUGGGAGAUAUUCUUCCUCAUCCUCCUUGGGAAGACAAACCACUCAGACCUCCAAUGUCGACAAUUUCAGUUUUUAUAAAGACCCUCCUCAUGGUUAUAUGUACAAUGGUGGCAAUUACAUGUAUGAUAGAAGAUUUAACAGGGAUGUGCUUCCACCCAGGAAAUCCUGCAACUUCCACGGUUUUGUAGAUAACUCCAGUCGGUUAUGUGGUACGCAUAGGAUGCAGCAAAGAGGGUUCUCCAACAUGCACUGGUGCCACAAGAGAUGCGAAGAAAUAUCCAGUGAACCUGCCAUCCUUAGUAGUUGUAACCACAUUGACCAAAUGGUAAUAAACGAAAUGGAUAAAAUGAAGUUAGCUUGUAAGUACCAGUUUAGCACCUUCAAGAAAUUUGAUAAAAUUGGAAUGCCCCCCGGUAGGAACAACAUCCUUAGUGAACCCCCACUCGGGUUGUCAAGAGGAAUGCGAGAAGCUUGCCCAGGGGAUACUUAUGCGGAAGAAGGAGAUCAUGAUAACGCUAUUGACGUGGAGGUGGUCUAUGAUCACCUGUCCACUUAUAAUCCGCCAGAAGAUGUGGCAACUUAUGAAGAACCCUUAAAGAAUCCCCCAUCUGAUCAUGCACAAGGAGAAGGAAAGCACAUGUCUAAAGACCCCCCAGAUGAUACAACUAAUCAUUUGAAAUGCAAAGACGAUAAGGACAGUAACUCAGUUAGCAUUCUAGGCGACACAAAGGAAGGGGAUGAAAAUGUGGAUCCAUCACAGGGAGAAGAACUCGUUCCAGAUAUGCCUAACCAGAGGAGUGCAAAAAAAGAAGAUGGAACAAUAAGCGAGUGGGGGGAACCCACUCAGGUAGAGCAAACCGAAGGAACUCCAAAUAAGGUGGACAAAAUGGAUGACAUGCAGAUAAAGGAGAUGGAAUGGAAAUUUGUAAAACUCCCACGUGGAGAGUGUGGGAAGAAGUUGGAAGAGGGCAUAGAGACUGGCGUGAAAAUAGGUACAGAAGCAGAGAAGGAAGCAAUCGCCGAAGAGGACAUAGACGCAGAGGAGGAAAGACCCCAAUCAGAUGAUCCAAAGGAAAAGGUCAACAGGUACAUCGAAAACGACUUCGAGAAAAACAAUCAAAUGAUGGGGACCCAUGAUUGUAACGUUUCUAUCCAUCCCAGAGAUAAUAACACAAGGUGGGAUCAGCUGGAACAGCAUAUGGACGCCUUCCUAAGUAUCAACUCAAGAGAUAUACACAAAAAUAAAAAGAUGAAACGAAUAGUGACAUGCCUAGAGGGAUGUCUCAAAAAUGAUAAGAACAUGGUUUAUGAUGAAGGAAGAAAAGUAGAACUCGUGUUGGAGAAAAUUUCUGCAAAUGUGAAGGAAUUUCUCAGUAAGGAGAUCUGUUACAGAAGGGGUCGGAAAAAGGACAUGGCUUUGUCUGUUGAAGAGGAAAGAAAAGAAGAAAGCAUACAUGGUGAGGAGAGCGGCACCUACAGUAACGUGGAGAACGAACAAGGCACGGAGGAAGAACGGGAUGAGUUUUCCCAAAGCGGAAGUGACAACACCCAGAACCAGGCUGAUGAAGCGGAUGAAACAGUCCCCCAGAGGGAAAGUGCACCGAGAAGUAGAAGCAAGGGUGGUAGUAAAGUUUGUAACAAAGGUUGUAACAAAGUUUGUAACAAAGGUUGUAACAAAGGUUGUAGUAAGGAUGCCACACAUAGUAACCCACAUUAUGCACCACAUAAUGGCGAGAAACAACGCGGUGCGAACAAUUCACGAAGCGCCAAGCAACCAAACGAAGCCGUCAUGAUCGACCUCAUAUACGGUCACUACAACAUCUUGCUGUAUCUUAUUCUCCUCAAUUUCCAGUGCUUCAAAAAAUAUCUAGACACAGAGGAGCUAAAUGAACAGGUUCUAAUCAACCUAAAGAUCAAUUUUAAAAAUGUUGUUCUGACGUUAUGUCAAUGCGAAAUAAAAAAUAGAAUCAUUCAGUUCUACCAUGUGCAUGAAAGCUACCUAGUACAGCUAAAUUGGCUUUAUGAAAAGUGCCUCCUGUACAUUUCCGACUUUUAUAUAUACAUAGAGGAGUAUGACACUAUCCUGGUUAAUCUUCUUGACUUGUGCACCUUGACACUCCAAACAAAUUACAAUGUACAGAAUAUUAUUGUGAAAUCCUGCAAUUUAUUGUUAAGACUUUUUAGAAACAAGAAUCGAAAAAAAAUGAAAAAAUAUGUCCUCGACGAAAUUCUAUCCAAUAUAAACAAUAUCAAUUUUAGGUACAACAAAUUGAACUUCCGAAAUAGCCACGUCAACUCCACAUACAUACAUCUGAUUACCUUCCUGCUUCUUAAAAUCGCUGAUUCCUUUUCUCACUAUGAGGGAGACUUGAAGAGGAAGUAUUUUCUGGACCAUCAGCGGGAAGGGGGCAUUGAGGUCGCAGUAACCAAGAGGAAGAUCCACAAGAACUUCCACAGCGAGACGGACAAUAAUGAUGAAGACGGCGAUGACAGUGACGUCGAGGUCGAUUGUAACAAUGACGAGGAUGAUGAUGAUGAGUACUAUCCGGGAAAGGGCCCCAAGGAAGCACGCAACAGAAGCAGACGCAACGCCAGAAGGAUGGAAUCCGAUGGACAGUCUGACCAAUCGCGCAGCCUAAGCAUCUUCACAAGCGAAGACGAAGGCAACAGCAUCUGUAGUGGAGAACCCCCCAAAAGCAGUGAACCAAAGAGAGAACGGAAAAAACGCAUCACUGGUAAGCAAAAACCAAAUGAAUGCAAAAACCAAAUGAAUGCAAAAAAGGGAAAACGAAAAUACUCGUUAAGGAAAAAAAAAAAAACGAAGCGUGACCCCCACUAUUAUUACCUUGGGAGUAGCACACAUGAAUACGAAUCAGACGAGAAGGAUCACAAAAUAACGAGAAAAAAUGUUAUUAAUAAAAAAAAAAAAAAAAAAAAAAAAAACAUUUUAACAAUGGAAAAAAAAGGGAACUCAAAGGGUGCAAAAAACAACGUUGAAAAAAAAAUCAACCUGAUAAAGAACACAUACUCAGGAGGGGAAGAAGGACCAUCGGAGGAAUCCCUAAACCAGUACAUAAUGAGCAAGAACUUCAAGAGGCUAAAUAGUGUAGUGAAUUAUAUACUAAUAGAGAUUAUCGAAAAAACUCUCUACCAGGACAACAAAAAUGCGAAAACCAUUUUACAAUCCCUCUUUCUGGAUCUAAUAAAAUGCUGCGAUAACCCCUUAUUCAGCAUAAGCACGCUGUUUGUGAAAAAUUCUAUUCACAUAUUCUUUGAUAUCAUUAACAAUAGACAUGAAGGAAAUAUAAAGGAGACUUGUCUCUUUAUAUUAAGAUACAUUCUAAAGUAUACAUUUAACAUUUACAACUAUGUGAAUGACUCUUGCUUCCAUUUAUUGUAUAAUUUAAACCAGGAGCUCUGCCAGAAUAAGUUUAUAAAGCCGUUUUUUCAGUUGGACCAUUUUAAGGAAGUCAAGGAGGAUCUCUCACCCUCCGUUUGCAUCACGGGGGGGAAUAUUUCGAGGGGGAAAAAAAAAAUCGUAAAGGGGAAGCGGAAGAAACAACAGAAGCAGGAUGUGCCCUGUACGAACGGAGGGAAAGAUCUCCCUGGAGAAAUGAUAAAACUCCUCAGGUGUUGCGAUGAGGUACAAAAAAAGGAUCAGAUGCUCCGAUGUCAGCAGUGUGAAUCGUUCUAUCACAAAAUGUGCAUUUACAGAGACGCGAAUAAGAUGAAGAUGCAGAGGAACAUUCCUCAGGAGGAUAUCACCGUGGACUACAAUAGCCUUUCCCAAACGGGAAGAGAUAAACAAUCAAAGGGCGAGAAAAAAAAAAGUAAGUACGAAAGGCUCAACGACGACGCCACGAAUCAUAUCGAAAAUAUUUUGCACUCCUCCAACGUAGCAGAACACUACUGUGAUAACUGCAAAGUGAGAAACCUAAUCAAAGCUAUUAUUAUCAGAGAAGCCCAAGGGAACAACACAUUUUUGAAUAGCAAAUUUAGGAAGAAGAAGGAAAAGAAUAAGGGUUUCUACUGUUUCGAAAAAUUUGUGAAUAAGUUGAAAGCCUUCGUUCUAUAUUACUACUACAUUGUGGCACACCUCAAAUGUGACAAGGUCAUUGAAGGUAUAGACAGGAACUGCAAUAAUGUGUACUCUUACAUACUUAUCCUACAUAAUGAUUUUUUCUGCGUGGAUGGGAAUCAAGACGAAGGAAUUAUCAAGAAUGUAACGAAAGAAAAGCAGAAAAAGAAAAACAAGGAACUUCCUUCUAUGAAGGGUGACAUUUCCCUGAACGAUGAAAAAAGCAUCCGCUUGGAGAAAUUCACUCAAAUGCUAUAUCACGAAUAUAGGCAUGCCGACAGGAAGGAUGAUGAAUCCUUAGACAAGUGCACCAGUGGACAUAACUUCGACAUAUACAUCAACAUGGUGUGGAGGAUUCAGCUAUACUUUUCCUUCUAUGAUUAUUUCUUCGUAGCCCUGAAUCAGCUCUUCUACAUACUGUACGAAAAUGGAAACAGGAAUCUUCGAUAUUACAGCAUUUCUAUAAUCAACAAUAUUAUUAGUGAUAACUACCUGUACUUGAAAUGCAAACAAACACAGAAUAUUUUGAUGUCGUGCUUGACGGAUAAUUAUCCAAAGGUGAGAGAGUACACACUGUAUAUCUAUUAUAACUUCUGUAAAAAUUUUCUGGAGGUAGAAAAAUUGUCUAUUUGGUUCCAUUUCACGGGGGGAAUAACCAAACUUGCGCUUAGUAGUGCCCACUCUAAGGAUGUACAAAAGGAGGACAAUUCCAUUGACGUGGAGAAAAAUACAUUCGAGGGGAGAAAGAUACUAGAAGCGAAGAAAAGAUUCAAUCAUUACCACCGUAAGGAGCCAAUCGAUCUGAACCAGUACAUCACAGACGAGAUUGUAGACUCCAUUAGGCGAUGCUCAAAGGAUAUAAAAAUCAGCAUCCGAAUUGUUAGCGUUAAAAUUCUAAAAUAUAUCCUCUAUUUUAAUGUCUACGCGAAGAGGUACUCUCCGGAAGGGGCACAAACAACGAGCGAAGAGGAGAAUCACGUAGGGGUUCAGGAUCGUCACGAAAGCAGCCCUAGAAACUGCAUCCGAGACAACCUGUCCAUCAUGAACGACCUGAUCGAGCGGUACGUGUCCACCUUCGACAACGAAACGAUGAAGAGCGCUGUCCUAGAAAUAUUCAUCGACAUUUUCUUCAUUAACAUAUUCACGCAAGCGAAGCAGAAGAUGGAGAAAAGGGAAGACACCCCCGAAGUAGACUUCCAUUCCCAUGAGCAUUCCCAUGAACGUGCCCGUGAACGUGCCCAUGGGGAAUACGCAAAUGACCAACAUGACAGAGGAUACGCAUCGGAGGAAAGUCAAUCACUGGGCAUAGAACAUGAUUCCACAAUGCACAUAACAAUUGAAAAAAAUAUAUACACCCUCUUCAUUCAUCUUCUUUACGUAAUGAAAAAUAAGCACAACAUAAAUAUUGUCAGUAAGAUGCUCUCCCACAUGGAGAAAAACGUGAGGGUUUAUGACGACAGGUUGGACUCAGUUCUUCGCUUUCUGAGGGAAGAUGACCAGAUGGGGAGGUCAAGUGGCGGGUAUCCCCGUAGCGGUACUAAUACCGGCGUCCCUCUGGGUAAUUCCAAACCUUUGGCAAAGAAUGGCUACAAAAAUGGGCAAAAGCGUGGAAGGAAUUUUCCAACUCAAAGAAAUUGUUGGACAGGGAAAGGAGCAAGCACAAACCACCUAAUCGGCAAAAAAAACGCCGACGUUUCGAUGAAUGAGUACGGAGAGCAUGACCCCCCCGAAGACGCUGAAACGAUAGUGAGCCAAAUAAACGAACAAAGCAACUUGCUGAAAAUUAAAAAUAGCAUAUACAAUAUAUAUCUAAGUAGCUCAUACAAGUACCUGAAAAUUUUAAAGAAAAAAGAAGUGAAGUAUAUACUACAAGUAUGGAUCCAUAAUCUAAUUUGUUUAUUCAUUAAAAGUAGAAGAAACAGUUCCCUUGAAAAGGAGACCAAGAAAAUUAUAAAUAUCUUUAACAUUAUAAUAGAAAUUAUGCCCAGCCUAUUUAUCAGAUACAUGGAUUUUUUUUAUCCAUACAUUUAUAACAACGAUGUGUCAAAGGAUGUAUGUGAGUUGCUGUCAUCUAUUAUUCCUCACUGCAAAUUGGAUUUGAAUUUAAAGUUCCAGUUUAAGAGGGUUCAUUUCAAUAACUCUCUGCUCUACCAUCAGAAUAUUUUCAUUUCUAGAUCCUACGUCCAACUUCUCUGCACCCUACACACAUAUAUCUUUUCAGAUUUUUUUUAUUUCAAGACAUAUAUUGAGGAAUCCCUUAUAAAACUACACAAAUACAAGUUGUGUUUUCUAAUUAAUAAUUACGUGGUGCAAUUGAACGACUUCGUGCGGGAAUUUCAGUUUAUGUCUCAGGAGGAGAAAGAGCGUGUGCGAGGGAAACUUGGACGAGCCUAUGCACAGACAUCACAGAUUAACAUUAACAGCGCAGAGGAAGGAGACUCUCCAAAGGGAGAAAACCAUCCGGACAAUUUCUUCAUCUACAAUCUGAUCGAUAUACCAUACGAAGAAUUUGUUAAUCACCUAGACCAGUACAAGAAACACAUCUUCGACAUUUUCUGCGUGACGCAUACAGAUGUGCAGAAUUUAGAUAAAUAUGCGUGGCUCAUAUCUGUGAUGAUGGAGUUUAUAAACAUCAACAAGAUUGUCGUAAACGAUGUGUAUUCCGAAGGGGUAGAUCUCAACACGCAUGUCUGGUUGGGCGAUGUGGAAGAGGUAAACAGAGCAUAUGUCAAAGGUGCUAACGGGAAGAACCCCCCAAAUGGAGAAAAAGCUGGAGGAUCAAAUCAAUACACGAAAAAGAAACAACAGAAGGUACAUCACGAAAAAUCCGAUCACGACAACCAAACGAAGAGUGUAAAAUAUAUUAAACUGUCUGACAUCGCAAAACGCGUGCAAAUAUACAGCCAAGGAAUUCUCUACUUGGAGUUCAUGUUCAAUAAAGAGGUCGAUUAUAUCAACAAAUGGAACACACUCAAACUGAAAAAUGAAAUAAUUACCGAAAUUAUUCGGAAAAAAAUAAACACAAAGAAGAUAGAAAAGUUUGUCCAUAUAUGUAACUAUAAAUUCUAUGAUCUAUCCUUAAUAGUGGUUAACCUAAUUGUAGAUUUGUUCUACAUUUCCAAUGAUAUAAAAUACAAAUGCUUUUUCCUUCUAUGUUUAAGUAAAAUACUCUCCAAUUUUUACAACUCCCAUUUUAUUAACGACUUGAAAUUGAGGGAUGUUUUCUUUUUUUGUAUUAAUUCCUUUAAUCCGAUUUUACAGAAAAAUUUUCUCUACACACUGCUUCAACUGAUUAAGACAUACGAGCAGUUCCUUAACAACAAAGAUAAUUUACUCCUCGCGCAGACUAUGAACAAGGGCAAAUGCGAAAAUCAAGUCCAGGGGGGGAAAAGCAACAUUUUUAUACCCCCCUCUCAGCAACAAGAUAAAAAUUCGAAAAGAGGAAAAAUAAACACCAAGCCCCAAAGGGGGCAAAACGAUCACCAUAGGAUCUACAUACAAGGAGACAGUAAAACCACGCACACUACUAGCCGAAACAAUCCAAUGGGUAAUUAUCCAACUAUCGAACCUACGAAUGAGGAAGAUAACCUCCCCUUUGAUAUACUCGAUGAGGGAGAUGGAAGCCGAAAGGGGGAUAUAAAGAGUUUCCAUUUUAACAAUCCCAAUAUAAGUAAUAAUCACGGACAAGGGAAGGAAAACCACCAGAAGGAGAAAAUCAAAAGGGAGGCAAUCGUGGAGGAGGAUGACACAAACAAACCACACAGAAGUAGCCAUGCCAAAGGACAGAAGGAACCCAAUAAAGGCAUAAACAAAGAAGAAGAAAAUGACAACUCCAUUUCAUACGAACCAGGUAAUACACUACUGAUGAGUAGUGAACAACUGACGGGUAGCCCCAACAGGGGGAAUCAAGACAAUGGACACAACAACGAUAUUAUUCACGUCCUUCUUGUGGCCUCCUUAUUCGCUCAAAAAAUUAUGGACCUGCUGAGUGUGAACCGAUUUAUAUACACGGACUGCUCUGCAGAAGAACUGUACUUGAUUAAAAAUUUAGGAAUUCAGAUUUUGGGAAAUCUCUACAAAGAGGGAUUCAUCCAGGGGAUGAAAAUGUGUCCGAGCAUAUUCUGCCUGUGUUUCACCCCGGAUAUUAAAUUAAAAUGUAGAAGUGAAAAAAUUAUUAACUCCAUUUUGGACAAGGAAAGUUACAAUUUUGUAAACAGCUUGGCGGAGUGUCUACAACAUAUGCUCUUUUACCUUAUUGAAAAUCACUACAUGUUCAGUAAUUUUGAUAAUCAUGUGUUUGACGACCAGGGGAAAACCCGUCAAAUGAGGGAUACUAGUGACUUCCUGACUGGAGGCACACUCCUGUUUAACAAGAUGGAGCAACCCUUUUUCCAGUGCCUCCUAGAUAUAUACGACCGUUUAACCAAUAAAAAUUUAAAAAUGAAAUAUGUCAAAACAGUACUUAAAGAAAUCGAAAACGCGUGCCACCUGGUGUUGUAUGAUAAGGUUCGAAGCUUCAUACGGGAUGUGGGUUCAAAGUACAACGCUUCCACGGGGCGGGGCACACAUGGAGAGGGUACCAGAACCAACUGCUCCAGCAGAAAUGGCUGCAACGUGAACGUUUCCGUUCGCAUUCCCCACGUCAAGGACAUCUAUGCGCUCAUCAUGAGGAAGUACAUGCCGCACAGUGGGUCCAGUGACCAGAGCGACGAUACGCGGGACAAUAGCUCGGAUUCAUCUGUUCCAAAGGGGACGAAGGGGACGAGGAGCCGAACAAGUAACGGAGAGAACCAUAUCCAUCUGGAGGAAAAGAAGUCGUCUAAGCCUAGGAGCAAGCCAAACCAUAAAAGAAUGAACAGGAUAAAAAGGACGAAAAAGGAAGAGGAUACAUCCAGUUGUUCCAAUUCAAAGUCAAGCGAAAAAUCCAUCGAUGGAGACAUUUCCGACAUAGGAACUAGCUCAGAACAUAGCAUCGACGAAAGAAACAUAAUCGAAAAAAUAAAAAAAAAAUACAAAUACCUUGUGCACCACCAGAUGAACGUAGACGAAUUUACCUAUAUUAACUACUUCCUUUUUUUGUAUAUUCAAAUUUUAACUUAUCUUCUUUCGUACCUAAACUUCACGACAUAUAACGAAAUGGCACUACUAAUUCAUGAUAUCAACAAGGUGUACUAUAUCAUUUCGUCCACUGUUAACAUCACCUCGGAGGUAGACAGCCCCAAGUGCAACCAAAGCUACUUCCACUCGAUCGAUGAACAAAUCCAGGAAAUCUCCCACGAAGAUGAAAUGAACCCUGAACGGGAGAGCGAAAAUUUUUCUAGGGUAAAUUUGAACCUUUGCAAAAUCAAAUGCUUUGCCAUGGUGCUCCUGAACAGUUUGACUAACCACUUGGUGCGGCAUUACCAAGUGGACACCUCCAGACUGAACGAACUGAUCGAAGAUGACAGUGCAAAGGAAAACAAAAUAGAGGAAGAAAUCAGAGAAGAAAAAAAAAACGUCUUCAACUAUUACGAAUACAUAUAUGAGUGCAUCGAAAUAUUUGUGGAAGACAACGCGAUCGUCAUGGAAAAACACGCCAAACAUAAUUUAAACAUGCACAACUUGGGCACGCACAAUUUAAACAAUGACUAUAUAAAUGGACUUAUGAAUGAUGGAAAAAACAAAAAAUUAGCGCAGAAAAAAAAACAGAGGGAAAUCUCAAGGCAAAGAAGAUUGACCCUGAAGAAGCAUCCCUAA